AUGUCUCAGGUCAACUCAGAGGACAUUAUUGAUGUAGAGAGUUUUGAACCAGCUGAGAGCUCAUCACAUAAUAACCCGGCGGUUCCUCAACUAUCUCGCCUGCGUCGAGUUCGUCGAUGUCGCAUAUGCAAACGUUUCAUGGAUUAUGAAGUUUUGAAAGUUCACAUGCGUAAAUAUCAUGAUAUGGAAAUCACCGAAGAAGUGAAAGCUGUGCGACCGAAGAAGAAAAGGCCGAGAUGUGAGGUGGAAGGUUGUGGUUAUGUUGGCCGGACUGAAGGCGCUUACCUGAAGCACAUGAAAGAGAAACAUCCGGUGGUUAUUGAAAGCAAAUCCGACUCACUCAUAAGAUGUCCUUUGUGCCAAACAUGGUUCACGCUUCAUGAAGACCUCGUUGAACACUGUCGAACAGUUCAUGACGACCCAGACUGUAUUGUGGAAAUGCGAACCUUCCACAAUGCAAAGGAAUGUGAGAAAUGGAAGGAUUCUCUUGCGGAAUCUCAUUGCACAGCUUGGCUUAUAUGUGAAGGCUAUUGGUCCACUGCUCAUAAUACUCUGUAUUACCAGUGCAGCAGGUGUGAACCAGGAACUGCAUCGGCAAUCAAACCUCCCUACUGUACUUCAUUCCUGAAGGAGUUCAUCUAUGAGGACGGUGCUAUCCUUGUGAAGUACUGCACAAGACACUUGAAUCAUAAGCUCAGCACUCCUGAUCUCCCGCUCUCGAACACGGACAAAAAUAUCGUCGCAGGAUAUAUGCGGAUGGGUCUUGAUGUAGACGUUAUUCGGGACCGACUUCGUGAAGAGUAUACCGAUCCCAGAUCCAGACUUCAUUGGAUCAGCACCGCUGAAAUUUGUGAUAUUUCGGCGAACCUUCAAUACGAGGACAAGCUCAAUGAGAAAAUUGCCGCUUCUUCUGAGAGCAGCUCCAUGGGUCAGGCGCUGAUUAAUCCUACCUUUGAUGACAACCCAAUUUCCGCCACAGCAUUGCUAGAAGAUUCAUCCAAAUGUGAGGACGAUCGUGCCGAGGCUAAUGAUGACAUGGUUGGUGUCCCCACCAAUAAUUCCGCUGUAUCAGCUGAAUCGCUACUUGGGUGCUCUUCUUGUGCGGUGUUGGCUGAAAAGGUGGCUGAGCUCGAAGCCCUGGUAAAAAAGCUCAGCGAAAAAGUGAUGGAAGUACAUGGACCGCUCGUAUUGGACAACGGUGUGGAAGCUAGUGAGGAAACUUCGACAUCAGCAGUCAACUUGGAGGCCACUCUACGAAUUUAUCCACAAAACAAGCGUACUCGUCAGUGUAUUUUUUGCAAAUGCUGGAUGGAUCACAAGAUUUUGAUCGUCCACAUGCGAAAAUUCCAUGGUGAAGAGGUUGUUGAAAGAACAAGCGAUGCCAAACAGACGACGGCGAAGAAAAGUCGUAAUGAUACGAAAGGUCCUGGCAGAAAAGUCAAUCAUGAGCUGGAUGAACAGAAUAAGCGUAUAGCGGAAGUCGAGAAGAGAUGCUUUGAUAUGAAAUGUCCCAUGUGUGGAUUACAGUAUACCAGUCAAGAAGAUCUUGUCUAUCAUUGCCGUAUUGGCCACGGGGAUCGAUAUUGCCUCGUGCAUCAACGCCGAUUUCGUACUGAAAAGGAAUUUGAGCGAUCUAUCUCAUUCAUUUUUAUUAAGUUAUGGAAAAAUUCGAUGGCAAAAACUUACUGUACUGUUUGGAUAUUCAGCGGACGUUGUCGAAGUGAUCAUCGUAACGAUGUUGUAUUUUACCGAUGCAGCAGGGUCUCCACUAGCGAGUGCUGUAGGGAUCCUUCGGAGGAGACAAAGCCUUCCGUCAGCAACUGUACUUCAUUUCUCAAGGCGUAUAUAAAUGAUGAUGGCACAGUUCUCGCGAGGUACUGCACCCAACACCUCACCCAUGGCUUGAGAGUUGCUGAUCUUCCUCUUUUAAAGUCAGAAGAAAGAGUUGUUGUGGAUUUGCUGAGGCAAGGGUAUAUUGCCAAGGAUAUUCGAAGUAAAAUUCGGGAAAAGUAUCCAUCAACGACGAGGCUUCAUUGGAUCUCGAAUUGUGACAUCAAGGACAUAUGGGCAAGGUAUAAUCGGGAACAGAAGAGGAAAAAACUCAUGGAUAUGGAUGAUGUAUCUCCAGAAACCAGCUUCAUCGAUGGGAGUUCUCGACUACAGUCUGAUACUGAUCCUGUGGAUGUUAAAACUCUGAUCACAACGUCCCCAGAGGAAGACGGCGAGUGUCAUGAGGAUAGUACGAAUAGCGAUGAUAGAAAUAGCUAUCAAUGGUCAGAUUCCCCUAUUCCAGUCGAAUUGCUACUUGGAUGUCCGACUUGUGCAAAACUGAAUGAGAAGGUGCUUGAGCUAGAAGCUACUGAAAGAAGGCUCAUGAAGAGAUUAGCGGAAUUAGAAGGUUCCCAAUUGUUUGUCAACACGCUGAAGGAGGAACAUUCAUGA